AUGGCAUUCAAGAUGCUGGUGUCCUUGGUCCGAAGGUUCAUCAAUCUUGGACGGCGACCACGGAUUAAGAACCCGUCGUCUUUCGAAGCUGUCGCUGCCAGUAUUGUUGCAGAUAUUGUCAUGGAGGGAGCAAAUGAAGACCCAGGAGACGAGCUCUGUUGCGUGUGUUUGUCGAGGUUCAAGGAGGGAGAGGAUGCGCGAGUUCUUCCAUGCCUGCAUGAGUUUCAUCGGGUAUGCAUCGACAGGUGGUUCGAUCUGUGCCGGAAAACCUGCCCGGUUUGCCGGUUUCUGGUGGAAGAGGAAGAGAAGUUUCCGGUGAAGGAAGCUUUGACGGAUGAGAUGGUCAUAUGGUUUUCUUCCUUUCAUGUUGCGGGCUUUUGA